AUGAGACUCAUCCAAGCCAAUGUCUCCGAGUGCUUCCUAUACAUCACGCUUUCUCACCGCUGGAGCGAAUCCGGGCCGUUGUUGCGCGACAUCGAGGGUCGUGUGAUAUAUGAUAUGCCAGUGAGAGGGGUCCAAGCCUUCUGUGCUGUUGCUCGCGAGCUGGAUUACUUGUGGGCCUGGAGCGACACGUGCUGUAUCGACAAACAUAGCAGUGCCGAGUUGCAAGAAACUAUAGCAUCAAUGUUCGCGUGGUAUCGACAUUCCGCAUUGACCAUCGUAUACCUUUCUGAUAUUCCUGAUACCGGUUCGCUCGGGAACAGCGAGUGGUUCAGACGCGGGUGGACCCUCCAGGAACUACUGGCUCCCCAGACCGUGCUAUUCUACACCCAAAAUUGGUCACUUUACGAAGACCUCACGCCUUCGAACCACACAGCCGAUAUUGCAGUGCUGGAAGAACUGGAGAGGGUAACUGGAAUAGAAACCCGGUUCCUCACCAACUUUUCUCCAGGUUGGGAUGAUGCGCGAUCGAGGCUCCAAUGGGCGGCGCUGCGUCAUACCACCCGACCCGAAGAUAUUGCUUAUUCACUUUUUGGGAUCUUCAAUCUUCACCUUCCUGUUCUGUAUGGCGAACCUGCCGAGAACGCACUUGGCCAUCUCCUGUCGGAAAUUAUAUCGCAGUCUGGGGACAUAUCAGUUCUAGAUUGGGUCGGGGAGGCAUCAUCGUUUCAUAGCUGUCUCCCUGCUCAUAUUACCUCGUAUGAAAGGCUGCCAUCGUCUCAACCCCAACGUCAUACAGAAGAACAACCAUCCACGACAAGUCAGGCACUGUCGUUGUUCGACAUACUGUGUGACCUUGCUGCGUCGCUCCUCCUUCAAUUUCUAAGUCGUUUUCUGACAUCACCGAGCACCGCCCCAGCAGAUCGGCUGCGAACUCUAGAUUCAUAUGCGCCAAGCGACGUAUACGAUUUCCACUCAUUGAACAGAGUACCCCUUCCGUGAUUCCUCAAUCGUUGCCUUAUGCUGCCAUGCAUCGCCCACCAUGUCACAGCGGUUCAAUUGGCGGGUGAAGAUCCAUCGGGAGCGAGUUACAUGUACAAAAUCCAGGCAUGCGGUCUGAGGCCAUUGAAAAUCGCUCUGCCAGACAGGCUAGAUAAUGCGACAAUCUCACAAGGUGCACUGCACC